AUGUUGUCGGAUUUCCCGUUUCUGACGCCUGCCGAGUUCGAUACUGCCUGCCGCGUCUUCGUUGGCCGAGUCCAUGCAUUCGGAUCUCCGGAGGUGCUGGGGUGGACGUCGGUUCGUUGGCAGGACCGGCAUCAUGGCCCGUACCAGCAUAACGCAUCGUCCAUUUUGAAGAUAUCAAAGGCCCUGGCCCCGAUCGACACCUCAAAUCAGGCUGACCCGCAACGUGCUGAGGACGAACUGCCAACGGACCAGGUGGAAGAGGAUGAUAACGAAGCCUUGAUUCGUCCCGCAUAUCGCGCGCCUCGCAUCGAGAUAGAGUACAGCAUCGUGCGUUCGCCCACGUAUCAAGUCCCCGUGCUGUAUUUCACCUGGCGCCAUGCCCCUCCUGCCGGUCCCCGCGGCAUCGACGCUGUCUACACUUAUCUAGUGCCCGACCAAUAUAAGGAUGAGCUUCAAGCAGUAGGCGUCCUGGGCGCCAUCAGCAUGGGGGAUCAUCCGGAGACGGGUACUCCGGCGUAUUUUGUGCACCCGUGCAAUACGGCCGACGCGCUCACACAGAUAGCGGACGGCAAAAACUUGGAUCCCGAGUCAUAUCUGCUCCUCUGGUUCGGCUUGGUUGGCAACUGCGUCAACCUUCAUCUUCCACGUGAGCUCCUUGCCAGUGAUAAUAGGCAGCAUCCUUGAAAAAACGCGUACAUUUCGACGACAGGUCAAGUGACUCUGGCAAGAAAAAAAGAUGCUCGCUCGUCACCUGCCAGCAGAAGACAUAAGGAUAAUGGUGAUACGCUUAGUCCUCAUCGGAUGACGCAUCCAUCGACACAUCACUUUCUUCCUCCAUGGGAGCUUCUCCUUCGCUCUCCUCUUCCUCCUCCUCACGGGGACGCUUAACACCCUGCGGUGGGUGCUCUCCAUUAGCUCCUUCAGCCGGUUUCGCAGAUACUGCAGUUCCAGGAGGCGCAUUGAAGAUGGACUUUUGAAGAUCAGUAGAGACACCAGCAGGAGCCUGGGAGAUCGGGCCGACGUAGGUGCCUCGAAGCUUCGCGAUUACGUUCGAACUGCCCUUAGCAUAGACAAUUUUCUGCAAUCACGGGUGGUCAGCAUAACGAAAGCUGAAUUCUCCGAAUACGAGGACGUACCA